AUGAUCCACGUUGACGAGACAGAUCCAGUUGGAGAGAUCGAGCCGCCGUUCCCCUGUCGAGAUGUCACCAUCAAACGGAAUACAGACGUCAACGAGUUCUUCGAAAUGCUGUCGGAGAUUGGACGGGGCAAGUUCGGCACGGUGUACCUCUGCCGGGAGAAGAGCAGCGGCCUGGAGCUCGCCGCGAAGCUGGUCUCCGUGAGCAGGCGCGACGAGAGACGGAACGUGGAACGCGAGGUGGAGGUGAUGAGGCGGCUGCGUCACCCGAGGCUGAUCCAAUUGUAUGACGCGUACGAUUGGGGAAAGUACAUGUGCGUCGUGCUGGAACUAAUUACGGGCGGGGAACUCUUCGAGCGUGUGAUCGACGAGGACUUCGUGCUGACGGAGCGGGCGUGCACUGUUUUCAUGCGGCAAAUAUGCGAGGGCAUAGAGUUCGUGCACAGACAAAACAUAUUGCAUCUGGACAUGAAGCCAGAAAACAUCUUGUGCCUGACGAAGGCCGGUAACAGAAUAAAAAUAAUUGACUUCGGAUUAGCGCGGUUCUACGACCCGGAGAAGAAGCUGCAGGUGCUGUUCGGAACUCCAGAGUUCGUCGCGCCCGAGGUGGUGAACUUUGACCAGAUCGGAUACGGCACCGACAUGUGGUCCAUCGGAGUUAUCUGCUACGUGCUGUUGUCGGGUCUUUCGCCGUUCAUGGGUGAGACGGAUAUAGAGACCAUGGCCAACGUCACAGUCGCUAAAUACGAUUUCGACGACGAAGCGUUCAACGAGAUAUCUGAUGACGCCAAGGACUUCAUACAGAAACUGCUCGUGAAAGACAAAGAGUGUCGGCCGACCGCCGCCGAAUGUUUGCGUCACCGUUGGCUCGUGAGGCGCGCGCCGAAGAGGGACAAGCCUAGGCCGCGAACGCCGCCCAAGCAGGAGCUAGACGUCGCCAAGGACAACCUGCGCCUCUUCGUCGAGCGGUGGGGCGAGCACCCCAACUCGCCGUACGUGUUCGACAACCAGGCGCACGAGAUCACGUGCCUAGCAAACGGCAACUGCGAAAGAUCCUCGAUAGGCGGCUGCUCGCCUUCCCCUAGGAGCUCGCUCAGCAGCUCCCCGGACGCCAUCUUCGAGGAGGACCUUGAGCCGCCGCCCCUGAGGGACCCCACGCCUCUACAGCAAAGGUACAACCCCGUGGAGAGGAGGGCCUCGGACAGCAGCUGCUUCCUGCAUAAGAAGCAGGACGUCAUGGUGAGGAAAAACCUCGCGGAGGAGAUCAAGAAGCUCUCCGACCACCUGUUCAUGCUGUCAACAAUGAGCACCGACCUGGUGAACAACAACAGCCUCAAAGAGUUCGACAAGAACGUGACGGAGAGUAAACCAGCGCCAAAAGAGGAGAGGAAACUCAACGGAUUCAAAGGCGAAACGAAACCGUGCUUCGCGAAGGCGCUGACCAACGGCGACGCGGGCAAGGUGGAAAGGAAAGUUUUCGCGUCGAAAUCGAGCAACAAGAUAAACUCGAGCUUCCUCACAGAGCGCGAGCAAGAGAGACCGAUGACCAGCAAGAUGCCGUGGGCGAAAUCGGCCAGGUCGAAGAGGCUGACUAACAUGAGCAGGGACGUGCCGGACCAGCCGAUCGACCGCCGCAGCACUUUCUUCGAGGAGUUCGACAAGAGGCGAGAGAUUAUCGGUAAGCUGGUGAACGGUCCAGAAAACGGCAGACAGCUGCCGUACAGGAGGGGGGAUGAGAACAACGCACAUAGAACGAAAGACCGCCUGUUGCACCUUCUAGAAAAGUGGGCGGACUCCGAAGUAGAGGGGGAGAGAACGGCGGGCGGCACCUCGAACUGUGGGAGGCAUCAGUCAAUAUCACUAGAGUGGUCAUCCUCGAACCAGCUAGCCCAGAAUUCCAUGUCGAGUCUCCACGCUUUCUUUCAACGACAAACGUCGGAUGAGAAGAAACAAAGGAAGAAA